AUGGCUGCAGAGAAGGAAGAAUGGAAGAUCCCCCAGCUCACAGCCGAAAACCACGAUACUUGGUUUCGCCGAAACAAGGUCAAGCUUAAGGGGAAGAAAGUCUUCUAUGUCUGCGAGAAAAAUCUGGUACAGCACUGUCAAAUAGCAACAGCUAGUAGACUAACGGAGGCUAUGGAAGAGUUGGAAAUUGCUGAAACAGACAAGCAUACCAAGAUCCGCGUCAACAUUGAAAAAAGAGACAAGUACCUAGAAGAUGAAGCCACUGCAAUCGAUCUCUUGUUUCGGUCGCUUAGCGAGGAUGACCAAGCCCUCAUUGACGAAUACGAUACUGCCUUCCAAUUCUGGGCCUACCUACAAAAGAAGUACACCCAAACUGACGCCACAACUGCCAACAUAUACAUGACUAGAAUUCAAACGUUCACAUUUAAUCCCGGGAACACGAUUGUUGGAUCAUGGGAGAAGCUAAAGGACUACCGACGUAAACUUGUAGCAGCAGACGCCUAG